AUGCCGAAUAGCACCUCCUCCCCAGUCAAGCGCCCCGGUCUCGGCCGUCGCGCUGUCUCCUCGCAUGCGGUCGUCACGCGGGCGAACUCCAACCUCGACCUGUCAGAGUCUCACAACUCCAAGGCCCCCAUCCAUAAAGCCCACCGCACCCAUGUCGUCGGUGGUGGCCGCAAUCAUCACCGCAAUCCUUCGGUCGGAAAGAACUUCAAUAAACUACAGCGCUUCCAGCUGGGACCCGAACCAACCGGCCGCCACCACCAACGCAAGAAGUCCGCUCCGGCUACACCGGUCGCCAGUCCGAAAGGUACCGCACACGUGCGAUGGGAUACUGGGACCGUGGAUGACCAUCCCAAGAAUGAUUCUAUGAAGAGAAACAACUCUACGCCCAUCUUGCAACGCAAUAAUUCCGGGGUUGGGAAAAAGACCUUGGUUACUGAUCGUCCGGCCUUAAGCUCCGGCAAGAAGAAGUCUGUCGGCUUUGAGCUGGGUGAUGAUGAGACCGACGAAGCUGAGUGGGAGGAUACCACCACACAGUCGCCUGAGAGCAUGAGACGCAACUCGGUCGUGCCAUCCAACCACAGCGCGGAGAAUCCCGCAGUCCUCGUCGAUCCGCUCACCUUUGUGAAGCGUCCUUACCCACAAAUGCCUCGAGCUACAAGUCUUCCGGACUCAGUCAUCAAUAAGUUCGUACGCAGGGACCCAGAGGAGGACGAAGACGAAGACGAAGACGAAGACGAAGAGAACGACUCGGACGUGACGCCCGAGCAAGAACAGCCUGGUGAGCAAGGCGACAUUGCCAGCCGCCUCCUCAGCCCUUCACACUCCGCCAAAGCCCCCCUGCGAUGUCUUCCAUAUCCGCCAUGGCUGGCCGCCGUCCCGAAUGCGGCCCGGCGUACCUUUUCUACCUCGAACCUUGGGCUCGCCAGCAUGCCUGGUAGCCAACCUCAGGCCACUUCAUCUUCCAUGGAAGGGGGUGUCUCAAGGUUCAUAGUGAACAACAAGGCUGGCCAGGCCUCUUCAAGAACCGAUUCGGACCCGAACACUCCCUCCUCCUUCCUACCUCACUAUCACCCACAAACUCCUCCCUCUCCCGGCCGCGGUGCUGGCAAGUCUACUGCUUCUCCGGCACGCCCUCGCGGCGGCGCUGAUCUGCCAUCGCGAACCCAGCAGAAGCUGUGGCUUCAACGUACGGCUACCCUUAACAACUCUCCUCCCGAUACCCAUGGAGUCUCUACUGCUGCAUCUCCAUCUGCCAUGGAUUCAGGGUACAUGCCUACUGGACAUAAGCGCUCUGCCUCUGGGGUAUUCGAUGCCAAUCGAGGCAUGAAUGGUGCUAGUCGAGCAAGCGGGUCGGGAUUCGACAGCGAGACGCGACACAUUCGCAAGGCAUACGAGAAGAUGUCACUCGAACUGAUGGUGGUGCGACGCUUCCAGACCCCCACGGGCGAUAGCUUCACUCGGCUUCGCUCUAUAGCUCGAGCAUCCAAGGCAGUCGCAGCUAGGGCGGAACACAGUUCCAUGGGCAAGCCUGUGAAGUCAGCCCCCUCAUUGACCCUGCUGCAGCAUCAAAGGCGCCCAAGCCGAAUCGGCUCAAGCUCCGAGUUGCCUGAUCCUCAUUCCUCGACUUCCGAGGAUCCAGCGACCCGGAGCGAAUCCACCGACACCCAGGCAACCAAGUCUGCCCACCCCUCCGCCCGCAUCCUUUCUACCUCGGACGAAGCUGCGCAUGGCCUCCAGGGAGACAAUGAUCCUGAAGAUUACCCGGCUGUGAAUGGCGUCGACAUGAUGAUCCGUCGCAUGUGGGAGAGUCGCGAGGUUGCUUCUUCGAAUUGA